UGAAUUUCCGAUACAUUAUGAAUGUGAUUGGAAGAGUUUUGAGGAAUUAGGUUCGUCGUCGAUUUAAGAUUUCAUAACAAAACGAAGUUUCCAUGAUGUCAACAUAUUGUGGGCAAGGUGGUGAUUUUUUAUUGGCCCGGUUUACCUGUUGACGUUUGGGUCCCACGCGUGUUGUAAUAGAUAUCUCUUCGUCUUCCUUCGAAUCAAAUUCUUGCGAACGUAAAAAUUUGCAUUCCCACUUUUGUUUGAAUCAGUUUGAACUUCCCUGUGCUCAGCUCAGUCAAAAAUGAUAAUACCCACGCUUAUUGUUAAAAUUCGUUUCAAAUGAUCUUUUCGCACGAAAGUCCAAUAAGAAAGUAAACAAGAAUAAAGGGCCAUGCACAUUCCAUAUGGACAGAUUUUUGAAGAUUCUCUGUAAUUCCAGGUUCUGUGGAGUAUCGCAGCGAUCGCAGCAUACAUUUCUGUCAUAUUGUUUAUAAAUCACAUAGAAGUUGAGUGUAUUUCGCAUAGGUGUGGGUGAUUUUUUUUAACUUUUACCUACGUAUAUAACAAUUAACACCUCAGGAUCUGAAACUAAUUACGAUUGCAGUUAGCAAAUAUUAUCGUAAAUUACUAAAAAACAAUCUUUGUUGAAUGUUAGUAACUGACGUCUAUUGUUAUGGUAAUGCACAUUUAAUGGUUUCACUGCAACCAUGUGUAAUGAGUUUUUCCUAUUCAUCCGGUACGGAAUCUCGCGUAGCAAGCUAUCCAAUGUGCUUUAUGGUAUACUAAACUACUAGUUUAGUUUGAAAAGCGUCUGAAUAUAAUUUCGCAGCUCGCUUCUAACUGAAGGUAACAAUCAGGAUAACUAGACGGAGAGAUUUUCUAAUUUGUUGAAAACUCAUUCAAGAACAUAAUGUAAGGGUCAAUUAGAUCUUGCAAACUACCAACAUUAUAUACAUCACCAACAACUGAAGCAAUUAUGUUUGCAAUGAAUGAAUUUCGAUUGUGCAGGUACACAUGCGCUCGAUUAGAUAAAGUUAAUUUUUCAUUUUCGUUUACUCGCGCCGCAUUGGUUUGACUUCAGUUAAGUGUAUAUAUUUGCACACGCAAGACCUAACUAAUGCUGCUAGAAAGAAAACAUUGUUAACUAUUAGGUGGGAUGCGUGCAGUCGAAGCUUUUCCAAUAGUUUAUUCCAACUAAAUUUGCACUAUCAAAGCAGUAAAGUUUUGCCAGUUAGAAAAGAUAGUUCAGCACGAUGUCGGUUUCAACUCCAGAAAUUGACGAUGAAUUGCUACCACCGUGGGAAGAGCUAGCUACUGACGAUGGGUUUGUGUACUACCUAGAUCGCGGAAAGCACGCUACUCAGCUGACUCAUCCCCGUACAGGGAAAAUAAAACGUAUUCCCCGCGAUCUUCCACAGGGCUGGACUAAACAAGUGGAAGAAGCAACCGGGAAAAUUGCUUUUAUCAAAGAAGAAACCCAGGAAAAGACUUACAUCGACCCAAGACUAGCAUCUGCCGUUGAAGCGGAUCCGCAAACAAUGGGUCAACUGCGACAACGUUUCAACAGUGGAACAAGUGCUCUCGAAGUUCUUGAAGGACAAGAUCUCACUGGAAAAGUGGCAAUAGUGACAGGAGCCAACACAGGAAUUGGAUAUGAAACGGCCUUAUCUCUAGCGUUGCAUGGAUGUGAAGUGAUUUUCGCAUGCCGCAAUGAAGCAACAACGGGCAAAGCGAUUGCGAAAAUCAAAAGAAUUAAGCACUCUGCUGGAAAAGCAUGCAAGUUUAUUAAAAUAGAUUUGGCCAGUCUUCGCUCCACAAAAGAGUUCGCCGACCAAGUUAAAGCCCAGUAUAAACACAUUGAUAUGCUUAUUCUUAAUGCUGGAGUCUACAGCCCACCCCAACAUCUUACUGAAGAUGGUUUCGAGACAACAUUUCAGGUGUGUCAUUUGUCGCACUUCUAUCUAACCUUAUUGCUCUCAGAUACGUUCGAUCACACAUCCAGAAUAAUCGUGGUUUCAUCCGAAUUGCAUCGCGCAAGCUUCCUGCGCACUAGCGACAUAAACGAAAGUAUGCUGGCUGCACCACCGCGAACAUUUAUAAGUUACAGUGCCUACAACGACGCCAAAUUGUGCAAUGUUAUGUUUGCAUUCGAGCUAGCUAAGCGUUGGAGAAGUCGUGGUAUUGCCGUGUUUGCCCUUCAUCCCGGUAGCUUAGUAUCUACAGAAAUUAAUCGUAACUAUUGGUUCUGGAGAUUAUUUUUCGUACUUAUAAGACCAUUCACGAAAUCCGUUCAGCAAGCAGCCAGCACUACCGUUUAUUGCGCCACAGCCCCAGAGCUAAACGGACUGACUGGACUUUACUUCAACAAUUGCUACAUUUGCGGACCGGCCGAUAGCACAAGAAACGAGCGCAAGCAGAGACUUCUUUGGGAAUUCAGCGAAAGCCUUAUCGAACGUGCUACGAAGGAUUUUUAG